UCCGCACUAUGGAUAGCGCCGAUUUCGAUACAGAGAACGAACCACAGGAAACCAUUCAUUCCGAACUGCCUCAGAACGUGUCAGACAAUGUGGAACAAGAUAGCGACGAUGAUGAAAUACAAAUGUCCUCCCGCGAGGUACUUGAAUCGCUUCAGCGUGCAUGGAUCAACGAAAAGUUUGCUCCCGAUGUGCUACCCUACGAGGAGGCGCUGGUGGAAAUGGUGAUGCUUCAGUUGGUGCAUAUGGAAGAAAAUUUGGCUUCUGCCAAUAAGAAUGAUCUGCUGUACAUCGUGCACCGAAUGGAGGUUGAUCGAAUACGAUACAUCGUGGCCUCCUAUCUGCGAUGUCGACUGCAAAAGAUCGAAACCUAUGCCGCACACAUUCUCGACGCUGAUGCUGUCCGGCAGAGUAGAUCAAAACGUCUUUCGGACGCUGAGCGCAAGUUUGCCACGGACUAUCACGAGAGUGUUGAGAAUCAUUUUUAUCAGCUCGUCGUACGCCAUAUGCCGCAAAACCACCAGGACGACGAACGAAUCAGGCGCGUGGUUCCCAACGUAGAUGCACACGUCUUUGCCCGCGCCCAGAAGGAUCUAGGCGAGUAUUCGCUUGGUGGAGGUGAGCAUUCCAUUAACAUCAAGGCUGGAUCAGUACACUUGUUUCGAUAUCGAGAUAUAGAACCGUUGAUAAUCGAAGAAUUUUUAGAGCUCAUUUGAAAAUCUGUUAAUCUAUGAAAUGUGUGACGUACCCUGCAACAAACUUGCCCGUUACGGUGGAAACACCAAUGUUUUGUAUUUCCUUUGGGUGUUGCCAUGGUUACUGGGUAGCCAGGUCGUAAAGAGGCGCUUUAACCUUGCACAAGGAGCAAACGGAUACAAUAAUAUAGUGACCGUCGUCCUUACUAGCAGUGCCGCGAUGGAUCGAUAAUAAAGUACGAGAGUGAUACCCGUU